AUGAAUGCAAAGGAAUCGCUGGAGUUUGGAACCAAUAUUGUUGGUGGAGUCAAGCCUGGAGUAGAGGGAGAACACCUGGGUUUACCUGUGCUGCCCACUGUCAGAGCAGCUGUGGAGAAGCUCAAGCCCGACGCCAGCGCCAUCUACGUCCCAGGCAAUGGCACGGUCACGGCUAUGGAGGAAGCGAUUGAGAACGAAAUUCCCCUAAUUGUCGCCGUCGCCGAACACAUACCGGUCCACGAUAUCUUGAGAAUACAUCAAAUGCUCCGAACUCAGUCGAAGACGAGGCUGGUGGGCGCAAACUGUCCCGGCAUUAUUAACGUGCAUGGCCGAUGUCGGUUAGGCUUUCAGCCUCUGCCGUUCUUCACCGAAGGCAAAGUCGGUAUCAUUGCGAAGUCCGGCACACUGAGCUACGAAGCGGUUGCUUCUACGACACGAGCAGGAUUGGGCCAGACAUAUGGGAUUAGCAUGGGCGGCGACGUUCUUGCAGGGACCACCUUCACCGAAGCUUUCCAAGUAUUGGUAGAAGACGAGGACACCGAAGGCAUCAUAAUGAUAGGCGAGGUCGGCGGCAGCGCGGAACUAAGGGCGGCAGAGUGGAUCAAAGAUUACAAUAGGCGGACAGCAAACCCGAAGCCUUUCAUGUCUGUCAUAGGAGGUAUCGAGGCGCCGCCUGGUCGUAUCAUGGGCCAUGCUGGGGCGUGGGCAGCCCCUGGGGAAGCGACUGCAGCCCAGAAGAUUAGAAUCCUGGAAGACGCUGGUGUGACAGUUGUCGAUCACCCAGAGAAACUCGGCGAAGGCAUGAAGAAAUUACUGGCCGAGAGGACGACAUCGACUCCACGGACGCCCUGGAGUUCGGGUGCAUCACAAAGGAGAGACUUUCAUACGAUGCGGACACGACCGAGGCCGCAAGAAGGAAAAGCAAGCCCCUCACAGAAGCGUACUUUAUACGUCAAAGCCUCGCAAGCGUUCGACAUGCUAAAUGCGAGAGGCAUACCGACGGUCGAAGUACCUACAGGACUUCCCGAGAGAUUUAUCGCCGUCUCAAUUGACCGAGAGGCGCGGCAACCAUGCAUCAUCGCGUCGCCCACAACGAAUCCCGAAGAAGCAUUCGCAAAAUCCAAGAAAUUCCCCUUCGCGUACGGCACGGAUGAGGCGCUCUCGGAUUCCAUGCUUGAAAUAGUCUCAGCGCACCUGGGUGUCUCUGGCAGCGGUCAACAUGCCUUGCGCAGAUUGAUCGCUGAGUUGGUCGACAUCUUCAUGUCCAAGGAAGCGUUUGUAGUUCAGACCCAGAUUGUGGUCGACGACAAAGGAGGUCUGCAAGUGCAGAGAGCCAAAUUCGGAUUCGACGAUGCCGCUUUCCGGAGUUCCGGCCGCCAGGCGGAGGUCCAUGCCCUGAGAGACAUCAAAAGCGAGGUCCGCCAGGAAGUCGAGGCGGAAAAGGAAGGCAUGAUAUACGUCAAGCUCGCGGGAGAAGGCACUCUAGGUACGAUAGUCAAUGGCGCCGGGUUGGCCAUGAACACUGUCGACGCACUGGUUGCCCGAGGUGGUCAUCCGGCAAAUUUCAUGGACACGGGUGGGAAGGCCACUUCGGAAACCAUCAAGGCCGGCUUCAGGAUCGUGACAUCAGAUCCUCGAGUCAAGUGUAUCUUUGUCAAUAUCUUCGGCGGGUUGACUCUGGGCGACAUGAUCGCGCGGGGAAUCCUGUUGGCCUUCAAAGACCUCAACCUGCAAGUACCUGUGGUGGUACGGAUCCGAGGUACGCGCGAGGCUGAGGGCCAGAAGCUCAUUCGAGAAAGUGGUCUCAAGCUGGACGCAUACGACUCCUUUGACGAAGCGGCCGCUCGCGCAAUUGCACUAGCUAACGGAACGGCAAAGAUGGAGUGA